GUUCAUUAGUUUCAAAUUGGAAAUCAAUGCAUUCACACCAUAUCGAAAGUUGCUCGUGGUUUGCUGAACACGUUUAAAGUUACUACAAAAGCAAAUGGGAUUAUUAAAUUGUACGGUCGAUAUCCAAAUGGAGGAGCCGGCCAUCCUGGUUCGGGGCGCUUGCAAGCAUUACGGUGUAAAAGAUCGGACCAAUGUGUUAGAGAGUUUGGAUCUGACCGUGCCGCGAGGUUGCAUAUACGCCCUUUUGGGCGCGAGCGGUUCCGGCAAAACCACGCUGCUAAACUGCAUGGUGGGAACCAAAUGUUUAAAUUCCGGAACGAUUCGUCUUCUCGGCACUAUCCCGGGCGAGAGUGGGGCGGCGUCCCCCGGACCGCGCGUCGGGUACAUGCCCCAGGAGAACGCCUUGUACCAAGAGCUGACGAUAUGGGAAACCAUGAAGUACUUCGGUUGGAUAGCUGGGAUGUCCACGGAUGAGAUCAAGUCCCGGUUGAGGUUCCUAGCAGAGCUGCUUCUGAUCACCGAUCUCGACCAGCAAAUCUGGACGUUGAGCGGCGGGGAGCAGCGGCGCAUCUCGUUCGCGGCCGCGCUCCUCUACGGCCCGGAGAUUAUAAUAUUAGACGAACCCACGGUCGGCUUGGAUCCAAUCUUAAGGGAGUCGGUUUGGAGGUACCUGAUCGAUUUGGUCGACCGAGAGCAGUGCACCAUCGUGCUCACCACGCACUACAUCGAGGAGACUCGUCAGGCUCACAAGGUCGGGUUGAUGCGCAAAGGGUACGUUAUCGCCGAGAGCUCUCCUCGAGCGCUUCUACAAAGAUUCCAGGUGGACACCUUGGAGGAGGUGUUUCUCAAGUUGAGCACUCUUCAGGAUAUAACCGAGAAAGACGGAUCCACUAGGUUCGUUUGCCGGAUUCAGGACGAUUUCACUUGCAGCACCGCUAAAAAGUACAACCACCCAGUGCGCACGUCUUCACCAAAGCACAAGAUCAAGGCGUUAGUCUGGAAGCAGUUCGUGACCCUUCUAAGAAACGUGCCUUUGCUACUUUUUACUGUGAUGAGCGCCGCCUUGUCGGUCAGUCUGUUUUUCAUCGGUGUCGGACACGAUCCCACCGGUAUCACAGUGGCCCAAGUCAAUUACGAAACCAACCGCUCGUAUUGCGCACCGAUACACUGUGACAGCACCUCACUCAGCUGCAACUACCUGGAGAUACUCAGCAGCAGGUUCUCUAACUUGAGGCACUUGUCAUCGGAAGGUGAAGCCUACGCGCUGCUACGUAGCGGCCAAAUCCAGGCGUUCUUCGUCGUGAAGGACGACUUCAGUCCGAAUAUGAGGCGUCGAAUUUUCGACUCGAGAAACCUCCUGACGCCAGCAGGUGUCGACGUUUAUCGCGACUAUACAGCCAAGGACAUCGCAAUGUACACCAAGAAGGUGACAGUGGAUGCGUUCGACGAGUUCACCAGCUUAUUCUUGGACUCGUGCAACGUGAACCGGAAGCUGAUGAAGGCGCCCAUUAAUGUGGAAACUCCAGUGUAUGGGGAAGCCAGCGUGGAGACCACCUACAUGGGAGGUCCCGCUUAUUUGCUGAUGGUUUCCUUUUGCGUGGCUUCCAUCGUGACAUCCUGCUCUGUUCUAAUCGAGAGGAACGAGGGAACCUACGACCGCGUCUUCGCGAUGGGCGUCAGACACGUUGAAAUACUCAUCUCCCAUAUCAUCACCGACUCCUGCCUAAUCGUUGGGCAAAUCGUCUCCUCGCUGUCGGUCGCGUUCCUAAUCUUCGGCUUGCCUCUGAAAGGCUCGAUCUUUCUAAUAUUUGCCUUGGCGGUCGCGAACAGCUUCAGCGGAAUGUGCUUCGGUUACGCUAUCUCGAGCAUCCUCAAGAACGAAUCCGCCGUGAUGCACUUGCUUUCCGGAAGCAUGACACCCGCCGUCUUGUUGAGCGGCACCAUGUGGCCAAGGGAGGGAAUGCAUCCGUUCCUGCAGGAGGCGGCGUGGUAUCUGCCGAUUACGCAAGCCGCCCACUCCAUUUUGAGUAUUCUGCACAGAGGCUGGGGACUUUCCAGACCCACCGUGUACCUCGGCUUUGCGAAUUGCUUUUCGUGGGCCGCUAUUUUUCUAGUCAUUUGCCUCGUAUUUUUAAGAUAUGAAAAAACCUAACGAGAAAUAAAUUUGCUAC